UAUAGGUAUUUUUGUUACUCUUUUUUCAUUCUUCUUAUAGAUCUUUGGUGGGAAUCCUCGUACACUGCCUAUAGAGAUGACCCACAUCUUCAUAUCACCAUUUCAAACUACCUAAACCUUCCCUUCUCUCUCUCUCUCUCUCUUCUUUCUUCAAGUCAAGAUCAGAGCAUGCCUGAAUGUCCAAAGAAAGAGAGAGAUUCGAAGAGAUAGCGAAGAAGAUAAAGAGAGAAACCGAUGUAUCAUCAAAUAUUCCUCCACAACAAAUCAUGGGGAGACGCCAUUCCUUGCAGGCUCCUCCAGGGAUACUCAACACCAUUACUCCAUGCGCAGCCUGCAAGCUCUUAAGAAGAAGAUGUGCUCAAGAAUGCCCCUUCGCCCCCUACUUCUCGCCUCACGAGCCUCAUAAAUUCGCCUCGGUUCACAAGGUUUUCGGUGCUAGCAAUGUCUCGAAGAUGCUCAUGGAAGUUUCCGAGAACCAUAGAGCAGAUGCUGCGAACAGCUUAGUUUACGAAGCGAAUGUGAGGCUUCGAGAUCCUGUUUAUGGGUGCAUGGGCGCCAUUUCGUCCCUACAACACCAAAUCCAAGCCUUACAAAUUGAGUUAAACGCGGUAAGAGCUGAGAUCUUAAGACACAAAUUUAGAGAAGCUAGUAAUAUGAUUCACUCUUCUCCUCAACCACAACAACAACAACAUGUGUCUUUUCUUUCAUCUUCGGCCGAGGUCGUUUCGGUUGCCGUUCCACCACCGCCACCGUCUCUACCGCACAACGCUUCUUCCUCUUCCUCCCCCUUGUACAACCGUCCCACAGUGGCAACGGAUUAUAAUACUAUUUCAAGCAACGAAAAUGUUACCUACUUUGUUAGUACUACAAGUACCGAUCAUCAAUUGAAUUCUUAGAGAAACGCAAAUUUACAUGGAAUAAGAUUGAAAGAAAAAAAGUUCGAGUGAAUCC